AUGGCGGAAGAGGGAUCUUCACUGUCUAGUUAGGUUCUCUAGAAACAACAAAGGCGAUAAACGGUAAUUUUUUUCAGGAAUGAGCACAGUAUGUUUGAUUUUAUAGUUUCUGAAACGAUACUAAUAUCUUACAACACAAGUUCGUUAGCUACAGAGGCGCGAGCUAGCAGUGUAAACGUAGAGCUGGUUAAUUGUCAGUUAUCGGCCGCUGGUUUUCUAUAAGAACAUAAACACGUCGGAGAAGCUGUCAGAAACGCGGUUUUUUAAUCCAAAGUUGUUAUGUUUUGUGAGCCGAAUUUACCAGAAAACUAUAAUCUUUAACAUUUGCUGUUAUUAUUUCGGUUUGCACACACAUUUCUAAUAAAAUCAGCUGUUUUCUGUUAGAACUGCCUUUCUGAUAUAACAUUUCUGUUGUGCGUUUCCUUGCAGUGGGCUGAGAGGAUGAAGCAGCAGGAGCAGGUGGAGUGGGACGAUGUGAACAAACUUCUGCAGCAUCAGGGUUUUAAGCCGGUGUUUUUUGCAGACCCUGUUGAGAAUAAGAAUCUUUCAGAUUUGGUCCUGCUUGACAAGAAAUCAGCUGGUGAGGUGAGGACCACUCUAAGGACAAUGCUGACAGACUCAGAUAGGAGACAAGCCCUCAUCCAGGAGCUGGCCAAGUCCAACAACCAACUCAAAGAGGAGGCCCAGAAGCACAUGAACCGAGCAGCUCAGCAGUCUCAGAGGAUCACAGAGCUGGAGGCUCUGCUGGACCAGGUGACGACCAGAGUCCAGGACCUGGAGGACCGCUACCUGGGCAAAGCUGUCCAACAGCACAGCUACACCCAGCAGCUGCAGCAAGGACAAGCAGAAGCAGAGAAACGGUGCCAGCUUCUAGAGCUGAAGCUGAGGAAAAAGGAAGAGGAAGCAGCUCAGAUCCAGAGGAAGCUUCACUUCGCCCUCAGAGAGGAAGAGCAGCGAUUGGCCCGGCAGAGUCAGACUUUCCACAACAUCUGCAGGAAGCUCUUCCAGCCCAGAUGUGCAGCCGAUCAACAGGUGAUGGAUGUGAUCGACUACUACGAAACUAAACUCAGUCACCUGCUGGAGGAGCUGAGAUCUGCCAGAGGAGAAGCAGACGGAUCUAAGAAGACAUCCACCUCCGUUACUCCAUCUUUUACAACCAUUCUCCAGUCCUUCCAGGAACAGCAGAAAGAGGCCAGCCGUCAGGUGGAGGAGCUGAAGAGGGAUGUUGAUCGGCUGAAGCAGGAGCUGGACACAAGGCCCACGCUGAAAGAAGUGAAGUUCUACAAACACAAACUGAGACGUCUGGAGGGAUUAAACAGAAGCAUGAACACCAGACACGGCACGUAUGAGAUGAAUGAGAGAACCAGUGACGAGUCCAGUGGCUGCCGGCUGUGUGACCAGUACCACCAUCUUCUGACUGGGAUCGCCGCCGUUGUCACCGAUCCCAACGCUCCGUUACGACUCUGCCGUCUCAACGCAUCCUCUCAGCGCUCCGACCCGGCGGACUUCCAGGUUCUGCUCCCGAUUCUGGAGGAGCGGGCGCAGCAGCUCCACCUGCUGAAGGAUCUUCAGCACAGUAUAAACAAGCUGACUGUCAAGCUGUUGCCGUGGCAACCUCACAAGGGGGAUGUUGCAGAUGGGGUGAAGGUGGAGGACAUGAUGGUGCUAGUGGAUGCCAUGUUGGAGAACUCUUCAGCCGAUGACGAGCAGAAGCUCCGGAGCCCCACCCGCUACACCCUGGCCUCCAUGGUGUCUCAUUUCCAGAAGCUGUUUGACAUCCGCUCUCUCAGCGGGGUCUUUCCUCGCAUGAACGAGGUCUACACCCGACUGGGGGAGAUGACCAACGCCAUGAGGAACCUCAGAGAUGUUCUGAACCUAGAUAACAGAGUUCCUGCAGCUGAGGUGGUGAACCAUGUGGCCAGACUGGUUUCCUCUAACACCAGUGCUGCAGCGCUCCAGGACCUGCAGGGAGAAGCCGACAUCAACAGCAUCAUCGUCAAGGUGAAGCAGCACGAUGAGUUCUUCCCGGCUUUCCACGCCCUCGUUACAGAAAUGCUGCUCGUUCUGGGUGUGGCUCACCUGGAUGACGUCCUUCCUGCCGUGAAGUCUUUAAAAGAGAAACAGUGACCUGCUGCUGUCUUCUGGUUCUGGAUCGUCAUUUUUAACUUAAAUAAAACCUUUGAAUGAGUUCA